AUGGGGCAUAAUAACACAGGUAACUCCUUACAAAGAAGAGCAAGAUGCUCGGGUGUUUACUGACGGAGGCAUAACAAUUGGUCUGGGCAUGUCCGUUCUGGCAUUGAUUCUUCAUCCCACCAGCAGCAAGAUGGAGAUCCAGCAACAAAUGACAGUCGCAUGAGCACCCGAGGAAGAUAUGCUCCCUAUGCCAUUCCAUCCUGUCAUUGGAGAGGCAGUUUUCAGAUACAAGACCAAACGCAAGCUAACAUGGAAGGAGAGCAAAAGCGUCCAGAGACAAGAAUGGAGGGGGAGAGUCAGGAUGAGACCUCCAGGAGCUGGUUCAAGAUCACAAUUCCAUUUGGCAUCAGAUAUGAUGAGAAGUGGCUGCUGAAUCUGAUUCAGAAGCAAUGCAGUGUCCCCUUCACCCCAGUGGAAUUUCACUAUGAGAAAAUGCAGGACCAGUUCUUUGUUGAGAAUGCUGGCAUUGCCUUCGCAUUGAAGAGUGUCAACGGCAAGAUCUGGAAUGAGAAUAAUGAAAUGAUAUCUAUCUUUGUCCACCCCUCCGAUGCACCCCAGUCUGUGCAGAAGGAGCUGAAACCAGAAAAUGUGGAUCAGAUAAAACUUUUGCCCUCGAACCUGAGCGACAAGAACCCCUACCAGAUGGAUGGUCUAUCCAACACUAUGCAGAAUGCCUCCAGCAUCAAGGCCUUGAACCUCUCCAACAGUGAGUCUGCAGGGGAGUUGGACAAGGGCAAAAGACUGCAGCGAGAAGACAUGAGUGCAAACAGAAGCCCGUGCACCACCUUUCCCGAUAAAUCAACCAACAUAAGCUCCAUCCUGGAACUGUUUUCCAAGUUAUUAUGCCUGGAUGGCCAGGAGUCACCUUCACCAACCAGCAUUGGUAUUGCAGCCCACAAGAGGUUACCAACCUGCAAGGGAAGCUUCUUUGGAUCUGAUGCACUGAAGAGUCUGGUCCUGCAAUUCCUGCAGCAGUACUACUUGAUCUAUGACUCUGGAGACCGUCAGGGUCUCCUCGGUGCUUACCACAAUGAGGCCUGCUUCUCCCGGACCAUUCCCUUCAACCCCAAGGAGCCAGCCCCAAGCAGCUUGUGCGAGUACCUCAAGGAAAGCAGGAACAUGAAGAAGGUCCAGGACCCCUACCUGCGUGUUCAGCUGCUGAAGCAUACAAAACAUGACAUUGUGCACUCCCUCUGUGUGCUGCCCAAAACUCAGCAUGACCUCAGCUCCUUUGUGGUGGACAUAUGGUUCCAGAUGGACUUGAUGCUCUGCUUCUCUGUCAACGGAGUGUUCAAGGAAGUGGAAGGAAUGUCUCAGGAUUCUGUUCGUGCCUUCACCCGGACC